AUGAAAUAUGGACAGACCACAGUACUUACAGAUGUUACAGGUACUUAUGGAGCUGAGAAGAGGGCCCUGGAGAAGAUGGUGGAGAUACUGGUCAACACCCAGCAUCCUCUGCAGCGGACGUUGGUCGGGCCUCCUGGUUUGUCUCGUAUUGUGGGCGGGCGAGAGGCCCUUGAGGGUGCGUGGCCCUGGCAGGUCAGCAUCCAGAUCCUGUCCACUCACUUGUGUGGUGGAACGGUCCUCAACAACCUCUGGGUUCUCAGCGCAGCGCACUGCUUCUACAAAUACAUGCACAUCAGCAAAAACUACUUCCGUGUGGCGGCGGGACUGACCGUGCUGUCCGAUCCCGGUCCUUACGUUCAGAUCUGCUCCAUCAGAAUAAUUAGAAUCCACGAGGACUUUGACCCCCACACACUGGACAGCGACGUGGCGCUGGUGAUGCUCAGCGCUCCGCUCAACUUCACGGAGCACGUCCAGCCAGCCUGCACGCCUUUUAAUGUGAACCAUGUGGUCCGCCUGACCUUCGCCCACUGCUUCAUCUCAGGAUGGGGGAGCAACGCCUACAAAGGAGCUAUGAUGGACAGACUGCAGGAAGCUGAACUGGAACUCAUCGACAGAGAUCAGUGUAACCAGGUCACCUGGUACGACGGUGCCAUCACAGAGAACAUGCUCUGCGCGGGACUGGAGAGCGGAGGAGUUGACACCUGUCAGGGGGACAGCGGAGGACCCCUGCAGUGCUACAAGGAGGACGAAGACCGGUUCUACGUGGUGGGAGUGACGAGCUUUGGAGAAGAGUGCGGACUUCCAUUCAGACCCGGGGUGUAUGCAAAAGUCAGCAGGUUCGCAGAGUGGCUGACAGCAAAUGAAGAAGCGUCAACGGCAUCAGCAUCAUUUCCUGUUUCACAAAAUCCAAACAGCAAACUGAUCCCAGUUCUGCUCAGUGUGGCUCUGGUGCUGCUCUGAAAACAGUCUGUUAGUAAUAAAUGCUGAAGCACCGGCACAUCUGAAUGCUGCACAGGUUUUUCUUUUGCAGCUUAGUGGCUUUUUGUUUGCUUUUGCUUUGCAGGUAAUUUCUGGUGGACAUUUCACAAAUAGCUUAGAUUUUUCAGUCUAGUUUUAAAGCUUUAAAAAGCUUUCUCCCUUAACAAUUUGUAAUGAUGUCCUGAUGCAUCUCAGUAUUUUCAUCUGCAUCUCAGAUUUUACAGCAAAGGCAGGUUUAGCUCAGCAUAUCAAGUCCAAAACUCGACAACAGAAGAAGUUUGCUUUACUGGAAACUUGACUCUCUCCGCGGUACACUUCGCUUGGACAGCACACCGCUUCCAAAACAGAGGGGCGGGAGACAGAGAAGUGGGUGAAGAAUUUGUCUGACAGACAGCUCACCCAGCCAGAAACUGAAAUCCUUGCCAGGGGACUGAACUUUGCGGUCGCACCAACAAGAAUCCCUUUGGUUGAGAUGAUUACAGCCACAGAAUCAGCCAUUCGAAACAACAAAAUCCCAGGAUUUGAAGCAGAGCAACUUAGGAAUAAAGUUUCAGCCUGCCUCAGCAACGCCAAACCACCACCUUCUAAUAUCAGCAGAGA